AUGACUCAGACUGGAUUUGGGUAUAAAUACUGUAGCUACUUGGUUGUAUUCUCCAGUCUUCGAAUUCACUUCUCUUUUCGACUUUGUUUUUGGGUUGAUUGUCACAAAGACGAGCUCUACACUAUUGCCUUUGGUCCCAAACUCUCCUCUGCAAUACCAUUGUCUGAUACUGGUGCUCCUCCUCCUCUCACCAUCAAGGCUCUGUAUGCACAGGGUCUCAAGCGCAAUGAUUGUUCUGGGCCUGCUCAGGCAGAUAGCUUCAAUGGCUUGUACAGUCUUGCCUCCACUGUUGAGAAGGGACAGGGACAAGGAUGUGUGCAGCCUGCCAUCCAGACUUUGACUCCUGAAGCUACCGCUCUUAUUUUGCGCACACUUCAGAUUGUCCACAAGCUUCAGCAGAUCAUCUUUCCGUGUUCUCUAUCUCAGCGAGAGUGGGAGAUGGCCAAGUUUGUUGCUGAUGACAACAACAUCUUUGUCUUUGGUGGUUUGGGUGCUGGGGCCACUGGUCUCCAGUUCAACGUGUUGUCUGGCACUGACAACCUGACCAUUUGA